GAAACUUCUUCAAAGCAUCUCUCCCUUCAAUGGUGAAAGCAGUAGGAAGAUUGACAUGGUGAAUGGAACGGGAAUGAGUCAGCUAGAACCCUAACCCUGGUUGAGUCUGCACAUCAACUCACGUCGAAACCGAAAGAAACGACACAUUCGACAUGAGACAUAGACAUCGACAUCGACAUCGAACCACCCGCCGGCGACAUGAUGGCUGUCGACGACUCAGCGCCGAGCCAUCACGACUAAUCGAAGCCCGCAAGAAAACAGGAACAAAAAGAAUUUUCUUACCCGCGACCUUUUCUUCUCAAUUACAAUGAGCUUUGAGCUUUUUGCUGGCGAGCAACUUACCAUCUCGCUUCACCAGCUCCUCACUCGUUGCUGCUACUAGUAUUCAAGCCUCAGCCAACCAAACCACCAUCACAAUGUCCGACGGAUCUGACGAAACUCCCUUGCUAAGCCGUGGGCUGGACUCUCCGCCGUCGUCGGCGAUGACUCGGACGUACCGCAGCACCGACUCCAGCGACUCGGAGCGCCAGCGCCAGCGCCAGCUGGAAUCGCCUACGCGCCUCCGCCCCAAGGUCGCCAACCGCAUGUCGUCUAGCAUCCCCGCCCCUUACAACCCUCACGUCGAGAAGCACAUGGGCCAGUACGACUCGAUCAUGCGCGACAUAAUCAUUGGUUUCUCGGACGGCCUCACAGUCCCCUUCGCUCUGACGGCGGGCCUGUCCUCGCUCGGCAACACCAAGCUUGUCAUUAUUGGCGGCCUGGCCGAGCUCUGCAGCGGCAUGAUCAGCAUGGGUCUUGGUGCGUAUUUGGCUGCUGAUACUGAGCGCCAGCAUUGGGAAGCCGAGUUCGCCCGCGAGAACCACGAGGUCUCCACGGUCCCUGAAAUGGAGCGCUCCGAAAUCUACGACAUCCUGGCCGAGUACGGCGUCAGCAAGGCCGCCGCCGAGCCCUUUGUCAACGAGCUGACGGCCAACAGGGCCCAGUGGGUGCGCUUCAUGAUGGACUUUGAGCUGCGUCUGCCCGAGCCCGACGUCGGACGCGCCUGGAUCUCGGCCGCCGUCAUGGGCGCCAGCUAUUUUGUUGGCGGGCUCAUUCCGAUGUUGCCCUAUUUCUUCCUGAACCGGGCUGACCAGGCCCUGCUGGUUUCGGUUGCGAUUACGGUUGUUAUCCUGAUUGUCUUUGGAUUCCUCAAGAACUGGGUUGCUAUUCGCACUAGGAAGGCGGGCUUUUGGGGUGCAAUGCAGACCUUGAUUGUUGGUGCCCUGGCUGCGGGAACGAGUUACGCGAUUGUGCGUGUGCUGGAUUCUACUGGCAAUUGAUCGCAUGAUGUGGGCUGGGGAGGCAAUGGUAUCGGUGUUGCAAGGUGGGAAUAAGUCAAUGGGAUGGUUUGUGGGAUGGGGCAAAUCAUGUAUUGCAGUGACGGUCUACUCUUCGCAGUUGUAUUGGGAGGUCAGAAUACCUAGUUACCGGGCGGAUGUUUACGGCCCAUCCCUGCAAUUGACCCAAAGAUGA